AUGGCAGAUAACGACGAUCUUCUCGACUACGAAGACGAAGAGCAGGCAGAUCAGCAAACAGCCGACGGAGCAACCGAAGCGACGCCAAAAAAAGGGGUUAAAGGGUCCUAUGUAUCUAUUUACAGCUCUGGCUUCAGAGAUUUCCUGCUCAAACCGGAAAUUUUACGAGCUAUAGUAGAUUGCGGAUUUGAACAUCCGUCUGAAGUGCAACAUGAGUGUAUUCCCCAGGCCGUUAUUGGUAUGGACAUCUUGUGCCAAGCGAAAUCCGGUAUGGGCAAAACGGCUGUGUUUGUAUUGGCAACGCUGCAACAACUCGAACCAUCAGAGAAUCAUGUUUAUGUUCUCGUUAUGUGUCACACCAGGGAGCUGGCAUUCCAGAUCAGCAAAGAGUAUGAACGUUUCUCAAAAUACAUGGCUGGAGUUAAAGUGUCAGUAUUUUUUGGUGGUAUGCCAAUUCAAAAGAUAAAGAAGUGCUUAAAACUGCUUGCCCUCAUAUAG